AUGUGGUUAUCAUCUCCAUUACGUAUUACGCUAUGCAGACCUCCCCUCGCUUUCCUCUAUUCACAAUCUGCUCGAAAACACCGCCCAUCGUUACCUCGCCUUCCGUCUUCCGUCGGCGCUGCUACCGCAUCGAAUCACCACUUUCUCCUUCGUUCACUACAUUACCACCUCCCCUCGCUUUCCUCUAUUCACAAUCUGCAUCGAACACCGCCGCCACCGUCGUUCCCUCGCCUUCCGUCUUCCGUCGGCGCUGCUACCGCAUCGAAUCACCACUUUCUCCUUCUCCUCGUUACACUACGUACCGUGCUCCAAAGGUUUGAAGCCCUAGUUUUCCCAAUUGAAGCUUCGAUUAGACUUUCAGAUCUAUUGCAAUAUCAGUCUAUAGUUGAUGCAGAGUGGAAUAUCAUUUAUGAUAAGUUGGAUAAAUGUGUGAAGACUGGUGCCAAGAUUGUACUUUCUCGUCUUGCUAUUGGUGAUAUGGCUACACAGACAGAGAUAUCUUCUGUGCUGGAACCGAAGAAACAACAAUUGAAUAUGGGAGUUGCACAAAAAAGUAAUGGCAUGGAGGAGGCAAGACUUGAGAUUGGAAUGGUUUCUAUAUUUACAGGGACCAAAGCUGUUGUUCAGGUUUUUGAAGGAACAUCUGGAAUUGACAAUAAGUUCACCACUGUUCAGUUCACUGGGGAGGUUUUGAAAACUCCUGCCUACCUCGAUAUUUCUGAUGCAAAGAAGAGAAAACAAUUGAGACGCAAUCUUGAUCAAGCCAAAAACUUACUAGAAGCUUUAAUCAAGAGAGAGGAGAAAAAGAGAGAUGUUUUACCUUUUGAUAAUCAUCGUUCACAGAAGAACCUCAUCCCUUUCAGCUUCCAGCUUUCACCUCUGUGUGUGUGGUUGGUUGAACACAAGUUUACCCUUGGAAGCAAUUGAAUUUACUUUUAAUCCACAUUGAUCUUUAUAUGUUUGUUUUUUGAAAUAUUGGAUAAAAUAUAUGGAUUUUGUUUUUUAAAAAUGACAUUUAAUUUUCAUAUUAUAA